UGCGGUGGGAGCGGGGCGGCCUCCGGGGUCUGCGGGGGAGCGCCGCGGCCGGCUCCACCGCCGCUGCACAGCGACCCUCCUAGGCUCGUCGGUACAGGCUGUGGUGAACGCUCUUAAAAAGAGAAUGGUGCCGAUUAUGAAACGUCAGCUACAAAAGACCCCACGGCUGUGGAGAGAGCCAACUUGUUAAACAUGGCUAAGCUGAGCAUCAAAGGGCUCAUUGAGUCUGCCCUGAGCUUUGGCCGCACACUGGACUCUGAUUAUCCCCCUCUGCAACAGUUCUUUGUGGUGAUGGAACACUGUCUGAAACACGGCCUUAAAGUGAGAAAAUCAUUUCUGAGCUAUAACAAGACUAUCUGGGGCCCUCUGGAGCUGGUGGAAAAGCUGUACCCAGAAGCAGAGGAAAUCGGAGCCAGUGUCCGGGACCUGCCUGGUCUUAAGACUCCCCUGGGUCGUGCUAGAGCGUGGCUCCGAUUAGCCCUCAUGCAAAAAAAAAUGGCCGAUUACCUGCGUUGCUUAAUUAUCCAGAGGGAGCUCCUGAGUGAGUUCUAUGAGUACCACGCCCUGAUGAUGGAGGAGGAGGGGGUCGUGAUUGUCGGGCUGCUGGUUGGCCUGAACGUGAUCGACGCCAACCUGUGUGUGAAGGGGGAGGAUCUAGACUCCCAGGUUGGAGUGAUUGACUUCUCAAUGUAUUUAAAGAAUGAAGAAGAGGUCGGAAACAAAGAAAGGAAUGUUCAAAUUGCUGCCAUUUUAGACCAGAAGAAUUAUGUUGAAGAACUAAAUAGACAACUCAACAGCACAGUCAGCAGCCUCCAUUCAAGAGUCGACUCGUUGGAAAAGUCGAACACUAAGCUGAUUGAAGAGUUAGCAAUAGCAAAGAAUAACAUCAUUAAGCUCCAAGAAGAAAACCACCAGUUACGCAGUGAAAAUGAGUUGAUCUUAAUGAGAACCCGGCAGCACCUGGAGGUUACCAAAGUGGAUGUGGAAACUGAGCUUCAAACAUACAAGCAUUCCCGGCAAGGGCUAGACGAGAUGUAUAAUGAUGCCAGAAGGCAGCUUCGGGAUGAGGCACAGCUCCGACAGGAUGUGGAGAAUGAGCUGUCAGUACAAGUUGGCAUGAAGCAUGAGAUUGAGCUUGCCAUGAAGUUGUUGGAAAAAGAUAUUCAUGAGAAACAAGACACUCUCAUAGGCCUUCGGCAACAGCUGGAAGAAGUCAAAGCAAUCAACAUUGAGAUGUAUCAAAAGCUACAGGGCUCUGAAGAUGGCUUGAAAGAAAAAAAUGAAAUAAUUGCCCGACUAGAAGAAAAGACCAAUAAAAUCACCACAGCCAUGAGGCAACUGGAGCAGAGAUUGCAGCAAGCAGAGAAGGCGCAAAUGGAAGCUGAAGAUGAGGAUGAGAAAUAUGCCCAAGAGUGUCUGAGCAAAUCCGACAGUCUGCAGAGACAGAUCUCUCAGAAGGAGCAGCAGCUGAUGCAGCUGGAAACAGACCUGAAGAUUGAGAAGGAAUGGAGGCAGACUUUGCAAGAAGAUCUUCAAAAGGAGAAAGAUGUCCUAUCUCAUCUUAGACAUGAGGCCCAACAGAUCAUUAGUCUUAAAAAAGAGUUUCUUAACCUCCAGGAUGAGAAUCAGCAGUUGAAAAAAAUAUAUCACGAACAAGAACAGGCUUUGCAAGAACUUGGCAGCAAACUCUGCGAAUCCAAACUUAAAAUAGACGACAUAAAAGAAGCCAACAAAGCAUUACAGGGACUCGUCUGGCUGAAAGACAAAGAUGCAACACACUGUAAGCUUUGUGAGAAGGAGUUUUCACUCUCCAAAAGAAAGCACCACUGUAGAAACUGUGGAGAGAUUUUCUGUAAGGCCUGCUCUGACAACGAGCUGCCUUUGCCUUCUUCACCAAAGCCAGUGCGAGUCUGUGAUUCCUGUCACGCAAUGCUCAUUCAGAGAUGCUCCUCCAACGUGCCAUGACAUGGGACUCCACCCUCCUGAGAAGCAGCACCUGCAGUGAGUGUGAGCACCAUGUGUACAGCAGUGUCCAGUCGGCACUGUGCCUUUCCUCCAGCUAACACAGGUCUCUACAUUUAGGAGUUAGUAUUCCAUUCCUAUACUUACUCAGACUCUAAGAUAGCAUGUUUUAUCACUACUUGGAACAAUCAUGUAACCCUAAACGAAAGACCAGAUAGCAGAGCUAAUGCACAUUUGCCUUACUUUGUAGAGGCCUCUUGAGAACAAGGCCACAGCUUAUUUGCUUCUGAACUUCUAAGAUGGCACCUGAUGGUUGGUGCCUAGUAAUCUCUUAAUGCACUUUAAAGCUUCACAGUUCUCAGAAGACUGGAAAUGCAUUCACUUUUAUAUGCCGAUUUAACAUCCUUAUGUAAAACAAGAUUAAAGGCUGUAGUGGUGUUGGACACCUUUGAGCCCAGCCGCUGAGGUGCAGGUAGGUGGGUCUCCGAGUUCAAGGCCAGCCUGGGCUACAGAGCAAGUUCCAGGACAGCCAGGGCCAAAGAGAGAAACCCUGUGGUGUCUUGAGGGGGUGGGGAAAGAAAGAUUGAAUCAAAAUGGUUCAUUUUUGACCAUGAACUCACAGACUUCCUGUCUCAGCUCUGAAGUGCUGGGAGUAUAGGGUGCUUCCAUAGCAGCCUGUACACUCUUCAUUGUCUGGUAAGACUGUAAUUUAAUUGUAUUUAUUUGCUUCUUGUUCUCCCCUUUUCUACGAUGGAAAGGACCAAUGAUUUUAUAUGAUACUUUCCUUUUCAGUUGCCUACACCUUUCAUAUAGUGGAUUAAAGGACCAGUGUGAUCUGGCCUCCAGUUUUUUCUUCACUCUUACAUAUAACCACCAUCCUCAUCACAGAUGCUAAUUUUUGUGAAGGGUUGGCUACCAAAGGAGAAAACAUCUUUUCUGGGGAGGAGGGGACAAAGAAAGACCACAGGCUUUUAAAGAUUCUAAGCAUUAGCUGGGUGUGGUGGUGCACGCAUUUAAUCCCAGGCACUCAGGAGACUGAGGCAGGCCUGAGUCAGAAGCCAGUCUGGUGUCCAAACAAGUCCAGGACAGCCAAAGCUACACAGAGAAGCCCUAUCUCAAAAACUAAAUAAAACCCCAAAAUAUUAUUCAAAGCAUUAAAAUAAGCAUUAAGCUGCCUUUGCUAUGACAGACUUAGUUUCCCCUCCUCCAGUUCUCACAGGGGUAACUUCUAGGAAGCAUUACCUCAGUGUUUAUGCCUCCCCUACCGAAUCAAGUACUUUUAUGCCCUGGUUUCAGUGCCUCCCCUCCCCCCCAUCUGCUUGAAAACAUAAGAAACCUAAGUUACAGCUGGUUGGUGACACAAGCCUUUAAUCCCAGCACUUUGAAGGCGGCCUGGUCUACAAUGAUUCCAGGACAGCCAGGGCUACACAGAGAAACUGUCUCAGAAAACAAAAGAUUACUUCAGUCUUUUAAUCUUUUAAGUUACUUUAAUCAUGACCUUUCAGGAUCUUGAAUAUAUUUAUUUCCAGUCUUAUACUUUUAACUUUAUAAGCCUUUUAAACUAGAGAUUUAAUUGGGGGCUUUUUGUGCAGGAUCUUUUUCAUUAAGUUUUAUAAAUUACCCUAACUCCAAAUUUACCAGCUUCUUAGGUCAAGUUAUGUUAGCGCUGACAAAUUCUUAGAUGUCCCUUUUGGAAACAUCAAGUUGGAAAAAUCAAGUUGGCCUCCCAAGCAGGGGAGGACCUUGAACUGAUUCUUAACACUUUCCAGCUGCUGAGAUUACAGCUGUGUGGUCUUACUUAGUGUGUGUCACCCCCCACCCAGUUUCUCAGUGUAGCCCUGGCUGUCCUCAAACUUACAGAUACUUGCUUGCCUCUGCUUCCUGAGUCCUGGGGAUGGUCCACCCCUGGCUUUGUGCACAAUAGCCAGGUACUCUACCAGCAGAUAGCUUUACCCCCAGAUGUCAUUUGGUGAGAAGUGGCCUUGAGAUGGGCACGUUUCAAGGCUAAACUGAAUCAAUCCUUAGAACUCUAGAUCAGCCUAUGCUAUAUAAUGUAAACCUGGCAUAAAAAUUAGAAAAACAAGAAUUAUAUUCUUGAACCGUUUUGUAUUGAUGGGGAUAGACUAUUAACAUUUUUAUGAUUGCUGAAAGUGAGCAUAAAUGAAAAUUUUCUAAUACUUUAUUAAAAACUUCUGUCAUUAACAUGGGCCUUUUGGGGGCAGCAUUAACUUGAUCCCCACUAUGUCUGGGAUGAGGUUAUAGCAUGUUUGCCUAUUUUGUGUUAAGGCCCUGGGUUCUUAAUUCAUAGCACUAUACCACCAAAAAAAAAAAAAAAUCUAAUCUAAAUUUGGGAUAUCCUACCCAUUAUAAAAUGCAACUUUUAUUUUGCAAAACUUCUGUCAUUCCCUUACUUAGCCAGUAACUACCACAAAGACAAAAUCAUGGUGCCAAGGAACUGCAACUGUAAUUCUAAAUCUGUGAAUAUUUUAAAAAUAAAUACGAAUUUUAUAAAACAAA